CAUUGGUUGCAAGGCAGUAGACUUCCUUGAUUGUACUGGGCGUAGUGUAGUCUUAACGUCAAGCAUGCUUUAAUCACUUUGUAUGAAUGGAAUAGGGCACAAAACAUAACUCAUAAAGUGGAACUGCCAGCGCUCUGGAUAAAUUAGCAUGUAUUCUCUUAUAUUCACCAUGUACUGAUGGAGGAUGACUUGCCUAAAAACGCUGUGCAGUACAUCUCAGUUAAUUACACUCCUACUGGGGGUGGUGUUCAUUACCCUAGGAUCAUGCAGAGUGUUGCUUAUAAAAUUCUCUGCAAAUGAAGAGGGCAAAUAUGAAUAUCUCCCAGUGAGUGUCAAUGUUGCAGCAGAGUUCAUUAAGUUGGUAGUUUGCUCAGGCCUGUCCAUAAGACUGUUUUGGAAAGAGGAAAGAUCUUGGAGAGAUAUUCAAUGUUCCAGAAAAGAGGAUGUUCUUAGUUUUGUUAAGUGGGCAAUACCAGGCCUGCUUUACUUCAUUGAUAACCUCAUUGCUUUCUAUAUCAUCAAAUAUUUUCAACCGGCCAUGGUAGUGCUGCUGUGGAAUUUUGGAAUUAUUUCAACUUCGGUUUUAUUCAGAAUUGUUUUAAAAAGAAAGCUGUCUAGAGUUCAAUGGUGUUCCCUGGGGAUAUUAUUCCUGUCAAUAGUGCUAUUAUCCAACAAAUCUGGAUACAACAUGGAUCACCAAAAACAUCAUGCUGUUAAUCACCUGAUCACCAACACCAGUGUCAACAGUCAUAUUGUGUGCCAAGCUGAAAUCAGUUCAAUCACAGAAACUGGGACCAAAGAAGACAAACCUGUCAUUGACCUUAAAAGUAUUCAGAAAGCAGGACUCCAGUUUCAUUUUCAUACUGGGCAUUUACUUAUACUUGUACAGUGUGUCAUAUCCUCCUUAGCAAAUAUUUAUAAUGAAAAAAUAUUCAAAGAAGGCAAUGGGAUGCAAGAAAGUAUAUAUGUGCAGAAUAGCAAGCUGUACUUAUUUGGUGUGAUAUUUAACUCUUUAUCGGUGUUGGUUCAUGGUGUGUAUAGAAGGAAAGUUGCCUCAUGUGGAUUGUUCUAUGGACACAACAAAUACUCUGUGGCUGUGAUAUUUAUCACUGCAAUUUAUGGAUUGACUAUUGCUUUGAUUCUGAAAUUUAAAGACAAUAUGUUUUAUCUUUUAUCAGCCCAAAUUACAACAGUUGUUAUGGUGGUUAUGUCCAUUUAUUUCUUUGAUUUUAAGCCAGAUUUGGACUUCUUUUUGACUGCUCCUAUUGUGCUGUUUUCAAUACUUGUGUAUAAUCUUUCCAAAACUAGUGAUAUGGCUUCUCAUGAUUUGCCUCAAAACCUCACUUCUAGAAGUGAACACACAAAAAUGCCUCACACUUUAUAUGAAAUGCAGCCACUUAAUGUGGAAUCUGAUGAUCCAGAGACCUGAUUGUGAACUAGUACAGUAAUUAGAGAAAGCACAGUGGCCUAAUUUCAGGUAGAAAACAAUUUUAUAAUUUAGAAAUAAGUUUUAUUUAUGAUAUAAAAAUCAAAAUAUUUUUAUAAAACAAUGAAAGGUAUGUGAAGUUGUUUGUUGCUUUACAUUCUAAAAGUGCAUUGCUGUAAAUGUGUUAAACAUCAAUAAAAUAUCAUGGAACGUUUGCUGGAUGU